AUGUAUCUUUGUCCCUGCAAGACAAGGAUUCCAGCCUCCAAUUGUGGAUACAUUAGUUCCACUUCACAGGGAAAACGGAUUGGAAAAUCGAGAGGAUCCAUACCAUUGCUGCAAUGCAGAGAUCAAGUCAAGCAGCCCCUCACCGUGAAAAAGUUUACUAAGUCCUUCGAUUCUGCCCGGGACUGGUGCUGGAGGGGAAAGAUGACUUUUUAUGAUGAGGACAAUCUGGAAAAUCAGGGCGUCAUGAUCUCGCUGUCUGUUGACUUGCAGAGGCCUCCUCCCAGGUCCGACGUUGACUGGGUGGCUCACUUUCAGCAACCAGCCGCUGUAUACGCUGUAUAUCGGGACCGAUUGCAAAAUCAGUUGGUCUCACUGUCCAGUGCCUUUGUGCGUCUCAAUGGCUGGGAUUCGAAGACAAUAGAAGAUGCAGACAGGGUCCAGGAUAGAAAUAUCUUGGUCGGCAGUGUACAGGUAAAUGGAUGUUUCAGGCUUUAG